AUGGCCGUGACCUCCACCCAGCGUCCGGGCCUCCUAUGUGCCCGCGGCCCCUCGCGCCUCCAUGCCCACUCUUGCCCUUCCUCCUCCCCCACAAAGCCGCCCUCUGGGGCGCUCAUCCUCGGGGCGGGGCCCAGCGGUAUGGCCACGGCGCUGAUCCUCGCGCGGCGCGGCUGGAGGGAUGUCACGGUCCUCGAGCAGCUGCCUGCGGCGAACACCUUCGAUGUCAACCGGGCGUUCACGUACACCAUCAACUUGAGGGGUCAGGAGUUGACCGACUCGUUGGGACUGACCCACGAGCUGGCAAAGCGCGGAUUGGCCUCCACAGAGGUCGAGUUCUUCACACUGGGGCCUGGAGGACCCGUGAGGAGGGCAAGUAUGAUGGGCUUGCAAAGCAGCAAGAAACCAGCCUAUUGGAUCACUCGGCGGAACAUGAACCUGAUCUUGUACCAAAAGCUGGAGAAUGAAUUCUUGGAAAAUGGGAGCGGCAGGGUGGAGAUGGUGUUUGGGGUGAGGGGGGCCAGGGUGGAGAGGGAGGGGGAGGGUGGGCGGAUAGAGGUAAUAGCCGAAGGCCCAGGCGGCGAGGCACUGCGCUUCGCGCCCAGGCUGCUGGUGGCCGCCGACGGCGCGAGAUCGACGGUGCGCGAGACGCUGGAGGAAUGGGAUUGUCGAUUUGGGAUGAAAAAAUUGGAUUCCGGCGCGGCGGGGCUGCGCUUCAAGGUGCUGCCCCUCAGGCCGAUGUUUCCGAUCGGCAAGGGCGGCUCCGGGCGCGCGGAGCCGUGUGCCGCCUACAUGGUGCCCGGCGUGAGCAGAAGUGGGCAGAAGAUCAGGUUAGGCAUCCUGCCCACCGCGGACGCGGAGGAGCCGCGGACGGCCAACGUGAUCCUGCGGCCGUGGCACGAGUUCUGGUCCCUGCGAACCGGCCGGGAGGUGUUCGAUUACCUGCAGGCGGCCGUGCCCCAGGUGUCGAUCGGCGACAUGGCGUCCAUGGAGGACGUGGAGGGCUUCGCGGCGCGGAGCGGGGGGCGGUUCCCGCGGCCCCAGCACGCGGGUGCGAUGCAGCACUUGGCGGGGAAGGGGGAGCACGCCCAGGGGGUGGUGCUGGUGGGGGACGCGGCGCACGCUUUUCCGCCGGAUUUGGGCCAGGGCGUGAAUUCGGCUUUCCAAGACGUCCUGGCGCUUGACCGGGCGCUUCAGGGGGCGAAUGACGACGUGGGAAAGGCGCUACCGGUGUAUGAAUCUACCCAACUGGCGAACGCCGAAGCGCUUGUUCGGUUGAUGGUGAUCGGCGCUCCGUGGCAGUACGGUCAGAACUUGUUCAGGUUGAAACUGUGGGGAGUCAGCGUGAAGGUGAGGGCUGCACUGGCCAAGGCGUUGCCGGGGAUUGUGUAUCCGCACGUCCGGUCAAUGGUGGGGGACCCAAGUCUGAGCUACGUGGAGGUUUUGAGGCGGGAGCAGCGGAGUGUGGCGGCGUUGGGCUUUUUGGGCCUUUUGGCACUGUUGCUCGCACUGGCUGUGGUUCGACUUAUCAGGGCGCUGGUGGCGAAGGGGUGA